CUUCUUUUUUUUGUCAAUCUCGGCUUUCGUCAACUGAGCGCCGUGUUCUUCGUUGGCUCCACCAUUGCGCAAUCGUGUAUCGGGAGCCUCUCGGAAAGGCUUACAUUACUUUGCUUGAAGUCUCACCAUGAAUUUACACCACCAGAAACGAUGCUGAGAUCAGGAUGUUUUGCAAAUUCGGAUCCCAGAGGCGUGAUUGAGAUUGGACGAGAAGACUCUAGGUGAAAGUUUUGAAUCUGAAACUUGCGUUCUUGAUUUGGAAUCUGACGUGAGGAUGAUUUUGGAGUAGGGUAUUAGGCGGUGAAACGUGGACGGGGGUUUUUUGAGAUGGGAAGGGAAUCUGGCUUCGGUUCGUGGAUCGUAGGCAUGAAGACGAGCCAAUUGGAGCACCGGUAUGAGGCUUGCGGACUGAAGUCCCAGGUCGUGGAAGUAGACACUGGCACCACCUUGAUUCGCUGCUGGGUGCCGUGGGAGCAGCCCGAGAGUGGGUUGUGGUCCGCGGGCGCCUCAGAGAAGCCCGCGGUGUUGUUUCUUCAUGACUUUUUGAUGGAUGGGACUUUUGGCUGGGAGAAGCAGAUCGAAAUGUUUACGAAGGAGUUCAAUGUUUAUGUUCCCAAUUUGGUGUUCUUCGGUGGCUCGUCGUCGACUUCGACGGAGAAGACGGAGGCAUUUCAAGCGGAUUGCAUGGUCAAGAUGCUCCACGCUCUGGAGGUUUACAAUGAGGUCAUGGUGGUGGGCGCUGGAUAUGGCGGCCUGGUUGCGUUCUGGAUGGCUCAUCUAUAUCCAAAGUUUGUAACGAAAGUUGUCUUCGUUGCUUCGGGGAUCCACAUGACGCCAACUUCCCAGAAAAUGUUACUCGCAAAGUUUGAUUACGACCAUAUUUCUGAGCUGCUGCUGCCUACGACAGCAACGGGGUUGAAGAACUUGGCAUCCGUAGCUACCACCAAGCCAGUCUAUAGGCUUCCGACGUGCGUCUGCAAGGGCAUAUUACAUGUUUUCAUCGACAAACAUCGUCACGAAAAGGUUGAAUUGCUUAACAAAAUGGACUGUGGUGUACGAGGAGGACCUCCUCUUCCACACUUGCCGCAGGAGAAGUGUUUGAUAAUCUGGGGCGAGAACGACCUAGUUACGAGCGUAGAGUUGGCCUUCAAACUGAAACUGCACUUGGGCAGUUCAACAGACCUAGUGGUGUUGGAAAAGUGUGGUCACUUCCCCCAGGUUGAGAAUCCUAAUUCUUUCAAUCGUAUCUCGCUAAACUUCCUGAAGAGCACAAAUUAGUAACUACGUGAGACGUUGGUAAGCCCAUUAACAUAAGACAAAUCUGGCUUUCUAUGAAGACUUCGUCAACUGAUAACGAUGUGGGAAGGUAUUUGCUGAGGAGGAGGAGCUAUUGUUCGAUCCCUUGGGGUAUCACUUCCCCCAUGUUCAGCAUCAAGUCCUCGAAGAUAUCUCGAUAACAUUCGGAUUUAGCUAGUGACCGCACAGUCAUCCAGCCAUUUUGACGAAUAACGGGUGUGUGGAAUCCAUGUGCAGCCCCAAUCUCUGGCAAUGAAAGCCCUCGAAUCAGUGACUCAGACUUGUAGCAGCUUCAGAAAUCAGCUCUGGGAAGCUCCAACAAUACAUUGCGGUAGCACCUGCAACAGAGGUAUUUUGGCAUGAGAAAUGUGUCUCACUCGACCGGUUGCAUCCAAUACUGACUGGCUGACAUUCUUGAGGGGAUUAGCACCGAGGAACUGAAGUGGACUCCGAUCGAGGAAGAGUGGGUCAGUCAAGUUGCGUCUGAGAAACACAAACAGGUCGGAAGGGACCGAGAAACAGAAUAAAACAGAACGACACUGACAGAGGACCAAGCAAGUUCCAGUUAAACAACGUCUUCCAGAUUCCGAAUAUGUAGAUUGUGAAUAUAAUUACACGAAUUGAGUAUAUAAUCGACCAGAACUAUAUUAGCCAACUCUUCCAGCAGCGAGAAGUAGCGGGGUCUUGAUUCCACACAGUUAUCAACAAGGUCUUCUCACGACGCACAAUUCAUUGAACUUAGUCCGACAGCUAGUCGUGCACAAUUGUAAUCAUCGGAAGUCAGUAAAAACACGAAGAAUUCAAUGCA